CUUCAGUUGGGCGGGGCGCGCGGGAGGGGGAGGCCGCGGCCGGGCCGGCGGGGUGGGGCGGGGUCGGCACCACCGGCGACCCCCCGCCGCGCGGCCUCACCUGGGCGGCCCGCCGGCCCGCACCUGGGCUGGGUCCUCGCAACCCAGAGCGGGGCGGUGGGAGCGCAAGCGCGGCCGCGUGCACGGGGAUCGGGCGGGUCUGCCCGAGCUGGGGGCGAGGGGGCGCCGCGGCCGCGUGUGCCGGUGUGGACGCGGGCGCCCUCGCUCGACGCCGGCCCAGGAGGAGCCGAGCGGGAAUAGGCGCCGGGCCCGGGUCGAGCCAGCCCAGGCUGACCCGACUUGCUCCCGCCCUCGCGGCCUAGCUGGAGUCCGGAGAGGGUGCCGGGCCGGGCCUGGACCCUUCCCUGGGGCGCCCCUUCUAGGCCGUCAUGGCCUGGCCUGUGGGUGGCCCGAGUGGCCAGGGCUCGGUCCGGUUCCCUCCGUAGGGUGCAGGGAGAGCAGAAGGCCCCGAUUCCCUGGCGCCCAAGUCCCUGGACUUGGGUGGGUGGAUGGGACACCCGGCCCAGUCGGCCUAACUCCCUGGGGUUCAGUAACCCCAUCCGGCCCUGCAGUACGCACCGGAAAACUGCAGCUCACCCACUUCCAGACCAUGAGCCUCCCCUGCCGGGAUCUCACCCCCAUGCUCUUCCACUCAGCCUAAUGCCUCUGUCUGCCUGGCGCAGGGUCCGUCCACCGCGUGCACUCGCCCCAGAUCCUUCCCUCCGGAUAAAACCCCAGGCCUGCCCUGUGGGAAAGACUUCCGGUGGAGGCCCCUGGUAUGGGAGCCCACUAGAGCCCUGAGGGCCGUGCCUGGAGGCUUUGUCGCUGUGUCAGAGGUCAGAGGUCAGCUGCCAAAGAGCGUGAUUCCUUCUGAGUCAUCGGCCUGGGUGGGAUAAGCACCCCUCCCUCCCUUAGGGCCGGCAUUUGGUAGGCAAAUGUGAGAGGAGGCACGCUGCUGGCUUCUCCACAGCUGGCUGGGAGUGGCCACUGCCCAGUCCACAGUUCAGGGGUGUGCAGACCCAUGAAAGGAAACAGGCAAAGGAAUAAGGUCUUCGGGACCGUGGGUAUAGCCGUGUGGGCCAGGGUAGGGCCACCUGGCGGGCUCACUGGACGGGUGCCCCUUCCUGACCAGUCCUGUCGGAUGAGAAGUUUCCUUGCCCACCUGGGAUCCCCUGUGCCCCAACUGCAUGCAGCCUGGACAGUUCGUGUUGAUUCCCUUCCCCAGUGACGCAGGAGGGGGUGACCUCACUUCUAGCAGGUCUCCCCGGCUUGGGAAGCGGCACCUUCAAAGGCUGUCAGCGGGAUAGCGCCCCCCACCCCAGUCACAUACAGUUCGAGAUCACACACACACCCUGCUUCCAGAUACGGGGGUCCCCCGCAGUGUGAGGGGGGGUGGGAGGAAUUGGGAAAUUGGGAUUGACACAUAGACACUACUGAUGCCACGUAUAAAAUAGACAACUGAUGGGAACACAUCGAUAGCACAGGGAGCUCUAUCUAACGCACUGUAGUGUCCUAACGCUACCUAACGCACUGUAGUGUAGUGGAAGGGAUAUAUUUAUACGUGUGGCUGAUUCAUUUUGCUGUGCAGUAGAAGCUAACACAAUAUAGUAAAGCAACUAUACUCCAAUAAAAAUUAAAUUAAAAAAGAUACAGUGUGGCCCCCCCCCCCCCCAACAAAACGGUGUCAUCAGGUACAGGGUGAAAACCUAGUACAGACAGGCCCACACCUCGUACCCGCGUGUGCUCAGCCUCGGUCUGGUCCUGGUACAACGAGGCCGUAUGUAACCGGAUACAGUCAGGGGACGGUGCCCCCUCUAAGGCAUGGCAGAGUAGCUUUUCCUCGGACAAUCAGACAAGUAGCAUCUCCGCCAGGUGUGACUGAAUGACACGCGGGUAUGCCCCAUCCCCACCUCCAUGUCACAUUCAGUAGCCUGUCACCUCCCAGGGAAGGUAGGCAGGAGAGGUUCCCCAGGUCAUCCUGACCCCCUAACUUUCUCAGGCAACAGUCUCCAGCGGGCAUGGAUCCCAUCCAGUCAGCAGCGUCCAGCUGCACCUGCAGGGGGUGGGGGUGGGGGGGCAGUCUGGCAGAACCACCUCCCCAGCCAGGACCGAUGUUCAGGAAGCCACAGGCUAGGCAGGAUUGGCUUCCAGCGGACCCUCCUUCCAGGCUAGGGGAUGAGCAUCCAGGCAGUUCAGGGGUCCUGGGGCGAUGGGCCGUGGGAGCCAAAUAAAGCCCCCACCUGGCCUUCCAGGACCAAUGACCGCUUUUACCCAGGCCAGGCCCCCAUGCGGCCCUUUGGAGGCAGGUGGGCUGGAGUGGAGCCCGUGGGCGUGGUUGAUGUGAAGUUGGGGGGAGCAGUGAAGGUGGAGAGGCACCAGCUUUAGGGCGCGGGACGAGCCCAGUGGCCACCGCAAAGGGCUCCGACUUCCUCUGGAGUGCGGCAGGGAGCCAGGCAGUGACCAGAAACUUGGAAAGGUUGCUGCUGCCACACAGGGCCGGGCUUGGCAGGGACAGGCCUCUAAGCUCCUGCCAGGAUUACAGGCCUCGGGGAGGGCUGGUGCCCGGGGUGUGGCCCAGGCAGGUGUCUGAGAUGGGAUGGUGGACAGGGGUCGGGGUUCGGAGGGCUGAGAGGUCAACCUACAGAGUGUGUGACCCUGUAGGGCAGGUGCAGGAGCCGCCAGGGUCUGUGGAUGGGGCUUAACGCUGCAUCCCAGGACAAGCUCUGUGUCCUGGGCCAGGUGUGCUAUCAGGUCAACCCUGACAGCUGCAUUUAAAAAAAAAAAUGUUUUAAUACAAUUUUUAGAGGUUACACUCCAUUUACAGUUACUACAAACUAUUGGCUCUAUUCCCCCUGUUGUACAAGGCAUCCUUGGGCCCAUCUUACACCCGAUACUUUGUACCUCCCCCUCCCCCAUAUCUGAGUCUGCUUCUUUAUUACAUUCACUAGAUUGUUGUGUUUCUUUUAGGUUCUACAUACAAGUGAUAUCAUACAGUAUUUGUUUUUCUGUGAUGUUUCACUUAGCAUAAUACCCUUCAAGUUCAUCCACGUUGCUGCAAAUGACAAAAUUUCCUUCUUCUUUAUGGCUGAGACAGGUGCAUUUUACAGUGGAGGUAACAGGCCAGAGGCACAGGGAGCAGCCCAGGUUCCCCCGGCACUGGGGGCAGAGACACAGGCAGCGGCCCAGCUUGUCCAGCACGCACAGUGCCAGGGGCCACGAAAAUGCAUUCAUGUCAUAAAAUCAGAAGAAAAAAGUCCCUGGCCCCGCCAUGGCCCGUCGCUCCCAGAGCUCCUCGCAGGGGGAUAACCCACUGGCACCCGGGUACCUGCCACCCCACUACAAAGAAUAUUACCGCCUAGCAGUGGAUGCACUGGCUGAGGGCGGGCCGGAGGCCUAUAGCAGCUUCCUAGCGUCCGAGGGGGCACCUGCCUUCCUGUGCCCUGAGGAGCUGGAGCACGUGAGCCGCCACCUGCGGGCCCCACAGCACGUUGCCCUCGAGCCCCCCGAAAGCAGCCCUCCCAACAUGGACUUCGAUGGCUCCUCGGGCACCUACUGGCCUGUGAACUCAGACCAGGCAGUGCCUGAACUCGACCUGGGCUGGCCCCUGACCUUCGGCUUCCAGGGCACUGAGGUUACCACACUGGUGCAGCCGCCGCCACCUGACAGCCCCUGCAUCAAGGAUGAGGCUCGAAGGAUGAUCCGCUCUGCCCAGCAGGUGGUGGCCGUGGUGAUGGACAUGUUCACCGACGUGGACCUUCUCAGUGAAGUGCUGGAGGCCGCUGCGCGCCGCGUGCCGGUCUACAUCCUCCUAGAUGAGGUGAACGCGCAGCACUUCCUGGACAUGGCUGACAAGUGCCACAUCAACCUGCACCACGUGGACUUCCUACGCGUGCGCACUGUGGCGGGCCCCACCUACUACUGCCGUACCGGGAAGUCCUUCAAGGGCCACGUGAAGGAGAAGUUCCUCCUAGUGGAUUGUGCCGUGGUGAUGAGCGGGAGCUACAGCUUUAUGUGGUCCUUCGAGAAGAUCCACCGGAGUCUGGCACACGUGUUCCAGGGCGAGCUGGUCUCCAGCUUCGAUGAGGAAUUCCGCAUCCUCUUCGCACAGUCCGAGCCGCUGGUACCCUCCGCCGGGGCGCUAGCUCGCAUGGACGCCUACGCCCUGGCUCCAUACGCGGGGGCUGGGCCCCUCAUGGGUGGCCAGGUGACCGGGGCGUUGACCCCUUUCUCCUUACCCAAACGAGCCCACCCCCUGUUCCCACCGCCUCGGGAAGAAGGCCUGGGCUUCCCCUCAUUCCUUGACCCCGACCGCCACUUCCUGUCGGCCCUCCGUCGAGAGGAGUCACCGCGGAUGCCGGGGGGCGCCCUGGAGCCGCACACGGGGCUGUGGCCACUGUCGCGGCAUCUGGACACCGAGGCCGGACCAGGUGGGGAGCUCUUGGGCCCGCGGGGCUUCUUUCAGGCACGGCACCAAGAGAUGGACGCCUUCAAAAGGCACAGCUACGCGGCCGCCGACGGCACGGGAGCCGUGGAGAAUUUUGCUGCCGCGCGACAGGUGUCACGGCAGACAUUCCUCGGCUACGGUGAUGACUUACGCUUCCAGACCAGCCACUUCCACCGCGACCAGCUCUACCAGCAGCACUACCAGUGGGAUCCGCAGCUUGCGCCAGCGCGCCCACAGGGCCCGUUCGAGAAGCUGCGCGCUGGCCGCCCUGGCUUCGCGGACCAUGACGACUUCACGCUGGGCGCCGGGCAGCGCUUUCCGGAGCUCGGCCCGGACGGACACCAGCGGCUGGACUACGUGCCAUCCAGUGCCUCACGGGAGGUGCGCCAUGGCUCUGACCCUGCCUUCGGGCCCAGGCUCCGCGGUCUGGAACCGGCCGGGGCCCCAUCUCCCAACCUGGGACAGCGCUUCCCUUGCCAAGCGGUGACGAGGCUAGGCCCAGAGACUGUGCCCAAGCCAGAGCCAGAGCGCAGAGGCCGGCCCGAGGGGCGGGCGGGACUGCGGCACUGGCGCCUCGCCUCCUACCUGAGCGGCUGUCACGGUGAGGAUGCUGGCGACGAGGGCCUGCCCGCACCCAUGGAGGCCGAGGCCUAUGAAGACGACGUGUUGGUUUCUGGGGGCCGGGUGGCCGCCGGGAACCUGCUGACCUCGAGCUUCCGUGUGCCCACGUCCUUCCCGGGCUCCGGCAGCGGUGGUGGCGACAGCUCCGAGCCCGAGGGCCUGGAGGCCGGCCUGGCCAAGCAGGACACUUUCCGCUUGCGCCCGAACCCGCUGAUCCAGCGCAGCUCGCGGCUGCGCUCCUCGCUCAUCUUCAGCGCGUCACAGGCGGAGGGCACAGGCGGAGCUGCUGCGGCCACCGCGGAGAAGGAGCAGGUGGUGAGCGAGAUGCCGGCGUCCGGUGGCAAGGCCAUGCGCUCUGCUGUCUCCACCAAGGUGGCCGAGCUCCUGGAGAAAUACAAGGGCCCGACUCGAGACGCCGGCGGCAUGGGGGCAGCAGUCACGGUCGCCAGCCACAGCAAGGCUAUCCUGUCCCAGGCGUGGCGGGAGGAGGUGUCGGCACCUGGGGGCGGUGGGAGCGAGCACCGCAGCCUCGAAAGCUGCCUGCUAGACCUGCGCGACUCCUUCACGCAGCAGCUGCACCAGGAGGCCAAGCGGCAGCCGGGAGCCGCCGCUCUCACCGCCACGCAGCUGCUGGACACACUGGGCGGGAGCAGCGGCGGCACUGACCGGCUGCCUUCCUGCUUCCUCUCCACCCAGGGCCGCUCCACCUCCCCGCAAGGGCAGGACAGCCCCCCACCAGAGGGGCCUGGGGCGCACCAGCCGCCCCACUCUGAGCCAAAAGGGAUCCCCACCUCAGCUUACCCCGAGCAGAAGGGAAGUCCCACUGCAGGGUUUCCCAGCUGCAGAGACAGGCCCACCACGGGAUUUACCGAGCAGAAGGGGAGUCCCGCUUCUGCCUACCCUGAGCACAAGGGAAGCCCGGUGCCCCCGGUGCCCCCUGUGCCGGAGCACAGGGGCAUCCUCCCUCUCCCCUCCUCCGGGGAGUCUCCAAAGACCGGGCCCACAGAGGAGGCGCCUGGUGGCCCCAUGGAGAUCCUGCGCAGGGGAUCUGCGCGGCUGCGGCAGCUGCUGAACCCCAAGGGUGAGCGGCGCGUGGAGGAUGAGGGUAGCUUCCCGGUGCCACAGGAGAAUGGGCAACCUGAGAGCCCCCGGCGGCCAUCGCCAAGCCGGGCUGACAGCACCGAGGCUGCCACAGGAGAUGAGCGGGGCCCGCGGGGGUGCGUGGCCUCGGCCACGGCCAAUGCCUUGUACAGUAGCAACCUGCGGGAUGAUACGAAAGCCAUCCUGGAGCAGAUCAGCGCCCACGGCCAGAAGCACCGCGGAGGCCCCGCGCCAACCCCGGCCCAGAGCAGCCCUGAGCUGGGCCACCCUCCAGCUGCCGGCGGCCGGGCCCCUGACAUGUCCGACAAGGACAAAUGUUCUGCCAUCUUCCUCGCAGACAGCCUGGGGACCCAAGGCCGGCUGAACCGCACGCUGCCAGCCAGCGCAGCGGAGCGCGACCGACUGCUGCACCGCAUGGAGAGCAUGCGCAAAGAGAAGCGCGUCUACAGCCGCUUCGAGGUCUUCUGCAAAAAGGAGGAGCCCGGGGGCCCGGGGGCCGGGGAGGGCCCGGCGGAGGACACCAGGGACAGCAAGGUGGGCAAGUUCAUGCCCAAGCUCCUGGGUACGUUCAAAAGCAAGAAGUGAGUCUCCUGGCCCACCAGCCCAGGUCGGGGUGCCGGCAUCACGGUCAGGCAGAACACCUGGUCCUCAGCCAAAGCCUUCGGAACCGGGCUGAGCACAGCCAGAGCUUGGCUCCGCUUGAGGCGCACCCGGUGGUCCUCCCUGCCUCUUGCCCCUUGGCCUCUCCUCCCUGGGGGCUCCAGCCCCUAGCUGCCCCCCGCCCUACUUCCCCAGUUCCCGCUCUUCUCACACCUCAGUCUCUGGACCCUCAGCGCCACCUGACCUGCGUCUGACUGCACCAUUUCUUUGGGCUUCAGGUCCCCUUUGGAUCACCUCAGGGACCCAUCUCUCUGUGCCUCAGUCCCCCAUCUUUCAGGGGGCCCGCCUCUGUGCCUCAGUCCCCCAUUCUCUGGGGUCCUUGUGUCUCAGGGUGUCUGUGUCUCAGGGGUCCCCUCUGCUCGUGGCCUUCUGGCUGUGCUGCGGCCUCUUCUCUGUGCCUGGCAGCCCCGUCCUCUCUCAAGGCCUCCCCCCUUCUCAGGACCUGUCCUCCCCACCUGUAUCCGUGGUCGCCGGGUUCACUUCCUGCCCUGCCCCUUUCCACCCUCCUGGCAGCUCUCCUGGCGGCCCAUCCCUUCAGCGUGGGGAGGUGGCCCCCGAGGGGCUGCCCUGUGCAGGACUGUGGGUGCUGCCCUCACAAAGGUCCCUGGUAGACACAUGUUCACAGGUGCCAUCCCCAGCCAUGCCGCAGAAAGGGGCUGGAUGCGGAGCUCUUGUUCCAUGAGGGCAGAGGACAAGGUGCAGUGGCACCUGAGCCCCAGCCCACUGCUCUGAGGGGUCUCCAUGCCCUGUGAGGUGGGAGUGGUCCUUGCCCUGCAGGUGCCCAGCAGACCCCAACUCCACCCUGUUCUGCAUUCCUUCCACCUUUGUCACCAAGCCCCCCAAAAUCUGUCCAAGGCUCCCCCCUUAGCUUUCUUGUAUCUUUUCUUUUACCUCCGGACAGUAGAUCUGGAGUGGCACAUUUGGGCACCAGAUGCUUAAAAUCCCCCCACAGUAGGUGCUAGUCCUGGUAAAUUAGCGUUUGCGCUAUUUCUUUUUAAAUAGGUUGUUUUUCUUUUUCUUUUUUUUUUUUUUUUUUCAAGUAUAAGGAACCCCAAUUGCUCUGGCUGGGAAAGGAUGUAAGGAACCAGACUGCUGAGUGAGGCAGCACUUCUGACCGAGUAGCUGGUAAACGGAGGGGAGGUGGGGUAGGGGGACACCUGCUCCCUGGCGGCUCGCAGUCUGUUUACCAAAGCCACCACCCAGGUAGGGGUAACAGCAGAGACUUUGGUUCGAAUGGGAAAGGUCACUGGGGAACCGGACAAGCUGGGGCAUUUCUGGGCCUUCACGUGCUUGUUGAGGAGUUUGGUUUCACCUGACCUGGUGCACAGCUGUUCUUAGCAGACCUGGCCGGGCCUGUCGCUGAGGGAGGCCCUCGCAGGAAAGGGAGGUUCUGCCCAGGGAGAGGCCAGAGGCCCUCAGCGCCUGCCACCUGCGUCCUCCACGUCGUGCUCAAUAAGACGUCUCCUCAAAUGUGAUGCUGCGCAUUUUGGUAUUAAUAAAACAAGGCACAAAAUAUUCCAGCAUGUUCCC